AUGGCGCCAACCGUGUCCUCUUCCCAGAUCAAACUAUCCUAUCCUCUCUAUGCCGCCGACUUCGACCCUUUCAAUCCUGACUUCCUCCUGGUCGGCGGUGGCGGAGGCUCUUCAUCCACCGGCGUUCCCAACAAGAUCUCUCUCAUUGACGCCUCCCGCCGGGAUCAACCGGCUGAAGUGGCCGAUGUCGAGCUUGUCAAGGGCGAAGAUUCCGUGACAAGUCUUGCUGUCGCCGAGUCCUCUGGCUCUGCCUUGACUGCGUUUGCGGGCAUCAACAGCUCUAUCGCCGACCAGAACGCGGGAAAGAAUGAACAUCUCAGGGCAUUCCGGAUUGGGCUACCAACAAGGAAGAGAAAAGCAGAUGGUGGCGCUCCGGACGGAGAGAAGCCAGUGGCCACGGCACCAGGAUCACAACCCCUUGGACGGACCGCUCUGUUCAAAUCCGCAACAGGCACGAAGAACGAAACAUACCAAAGAGUCCUGCGUCUUUCCCCGACCAAAUCCAUUGACCAGCCUCGACUUGCCGCUAUCGCCUCAGGCCUGGCUCCAGAAAACGAGAUCAUUGUGUUUCGACCGACAGCGAACCCAAAGUCGGAUGAUGAAGUAUCGCGCAUUAGCCUGGGAGGACGUGAAGCAGCAGACUUGGAUUUGAUCUCUGAUACCGAGAAGGAGGCUCAUCUUCUGGCAUAUUGCACCGACGACGAAGUGUUUGUGCAGCCCCUUCCCGCCGCCUCAAUGCCUGGGAGACCGAUAUCUUUGUACCGGGGUCCGGAGUCUACAACGUCGCUGCCGCCGUCGAAGAGAGCCAAAUUUCGCUCCAUACGGUUUCUGACCCCUCGGUAUUUGUUGCUCCUGCAAAACAAACCCGGACGGACAGGUGCGGACCUCCUAGUCCUUCGAGUCAGUAAUGAUCUGUCACAGGCUGGCAUCUCACUCCGGAAGCGACUCCACAAGUCGACAAAGGCGGCUGUAGGGUUGGAAAUUUGCCCCUUGACCGAGUCCGAACGGGGUGAGCGGCAAUUUGUUAUUGCUGUCGCCGGACAAAAUGGCGAUGACAGCUCCAUAGAGCUGUUGACAAUCGACUACUGUCCCGACGCUGCCCUGGGAAGGUUUCGGCCCUACACUUUCCUCCGAAGCGUCCAUAAAGGCCCUCUCACGAAGCUGGUCUUCUCGAACUUCAUCGGCCCUGCACUUCCCGUCACAAAAGAUGUUGGCCCCCAAUCCGUGCGCCUUGCCUCGGUGGGCGUUGAUCAAUGUGUCGCGGUGCACCACCUUUUUCUCCGGCCAUUUCCCGCCACCUACACGAAACGGCCACGAUACGUACUUGUCCCGCCAGGCCGGUCGGAAACCAUGCAGACCACAUUCAGCGUAUUCUUUGCUCUGGUGGUUGUCGGGGUCGUGGCAUUCCUCAUGCAAGCCUUCUGCGAGAUCCGCGGGGCCGUGCCACCGUUGCUCGGCGCCUCGGACUGGCUAUCUCCAAGCAUGCGCGAGCUGGUCGUACGGCCAUACGUCUUCGCCGACGUUGCUCGGUCAGAGAUACCAGUUGCGGCACACAGCGCGACAGAAAAACUGAAAGACGCCACUUCCCAGAUCCCAUCUGUGGACCAGGUGCAGAGUAGCAUCGAAGAUGCUGCGGUAGGGAUCAAGCAGACGCUGAAAGAUCUGGUGGCGGAGAACUCGGAGCUUGAGACCCCCAACCACAUUAUCGUCCGCGAAGAGCCUGGUUCGGGCCAAGUUUCCACAGAACUCGCACAGGACGCGACGCUUGUGAAAGACGAGACGUUGAGACAGUGGGAAGACCUGACGGAGACGCAGAAGAAGAGCUGGAAGCGGAGACUUGUCGAUGCCGGCCACUGGGCCGAGGACCAGGGCGAGACUAUCUUCAAGGGCAUUCUAUUCUCUCAGCUGGCCGACGCCGUAGGACAUGCAGUGGCAGGAUAA